UUCAUUGUUUCCUGAGCUCGGUUUUGAUUCCUAUGCUUGUGCUUCAUCUACAGAGGCAGCUAAAGUUACCGGUGGUUUCUGAUUUAAUGUCAUAUGAAGCUCGCUAACCCACCAUGAUGUUAUAGUUUUUUAUUCUCUUAACUCGUGUAACUCUUAUCACAUAAUCAUUCAUUCUCUGAAGCAAAUGCAAAGCUUCCCUUUAAAGUCGGAGGCAUGGACGGUCAGAGUCUAACCAAAGUGGUGCUGCUGGCCUGCGGGUCCUUCAACCCCAUCACCAACAUGCACCUGAGGAUGUUUGAACUGGCCCGAGAUCAUCUGGAGGACACAGGUCAUUACAGGGUGGUGAAAGGCAUCAUCUCUCCGGUGGGGGACGGCUAUAGGAAGAAGGGUCUGAUUGAGGCCUGCCAUCGUCUGGAGAUGGCCAGAUUGUCCACAGAGAACUCAGACUGGAUCACAGUCGACUCCUGGGAAGGCUUGCAGCCAGAGUGGGUGGAGACAGCCAAAGUCGUUCGGCAUCACUAUGCUGAACUGCUCGCAGCAGAGAAGAGCAACGAUGACGUGGACACGGUCAACUAUGUAAAAAAGACGAUAGAGGAAUCAUCUCAACAGACAAGGAAAGAUGGCCCUCAGCUACUGUUUCUGUGUGGGGCUGAUGUCCUCGAGUCCUUUGGAGUACCCAACCUGUGGAAGCAGGAGGACAUUGAUGAGAUUGUGGGCCACUACGGUUUGGUUUGCAUCACCCGCAGCGGCAGCGACCCCAACAAGCUCAUCCACAAAUCCGACGUGCUGUGGAAGAAUCGCAAGAACAUCCACGUGGUCUACGAAUGGGUGACCAACGAGAUCUCAGCCACUCAUGUGCGCCAGUCUCUGCGUCGAGGUCGGAGCGUCAGAACUCCUCAUCAGCCCAGCAGUGUGCGGAUCACAUUUUAUUCACAGACCCACAUACCACCGGCUCAGAAGGAGGAACAAAAAAAAGUCAUCAAGAUGCCAGCCAGCCUCUGUGGUACAUGGCACAUCAUCAGCAAUGACAACUUGGAGGGCUACAUGACUGCAAUUGGUAUCAGCCCUUGCUUACAAAAGAUUGCUCUGAAACUAAAGCUGAAGAAGGUGAUUGAGCAGCAGGGGGACAAGUACAUCAUCAAAACUGUCAGCACCAUGCGAAACUACACCAUCUCCUUUAGAGCGGGUCAGGAGUUUGAGGAGUUCACCGAGGGACUGGACAACAGGCAUGUCAAGUCACUGGUGACAUGGGAGGGGAUUAAACUGGUGUGUGAACAGACGGGAGAGAAGAAGGACCGGGGCUGGGCUCACUGGAUUGUAGAGGACAAGCUGUAUCUGGAUCUGUUCUGUGACGGAGAAGUCUGCAAGCAGGUUUUUAAGAAGAAGAACGUUAACAGUGAAAAUAAUUGAAAGAUGUGUUUCCGUCAGGGUGCGGAUGCCCACCACUAGAUGGCAGCACUGCAUUAUUCUUGGUCAGACACUGUCUGUCUACACUGGUUUGUAGCUCAGGGUAAUUGGCCUCUGUUAAGAGCAAACCUUUUUAUUUUCUUCCAUGUCUCUAUGGUCUGAUGGGAAACAUUUGAAGUACAUUUUGUUCGCACUGGCUUGUGCUGUCCAUCGGACAUUUAGUUGAGCUAGUUGUAAAAAAUACAAUAUCUCAUUCAUGUAGAUACAUGUAUACCCAUGUACAAGAAUAAGAGGGUAUGAGAAAUAUUCGUGUACAUUUUGUAUCGCUGACAAAAAUGGGUUUAGAAAGAAAUCUGAAGUGGCAUAUUUUUUUAUUCAAUCGUUCUUUUUUGUUAUUAUGUCCUUUUUAAAAUAAACAAAUUAUUUUGUC